AUGUCUUACCCUGGUGAAGGAAAGGGAAUGUCAAAUUACGGACUAAGCCACCAGACCCCAGAGCAACAAAAACUCCUUUGGGUCGAAAUAGUUGGAAGAGAGCAGCGAAUAAAGAAGAGUCAUAUAGCUAUCAAAGGAGAUAAAUCAGGGAUAUGGAAAGGAAGCGGAAAUCAUAAAACAUCCAAUGAGAAAGGAGAGGAAGAAAUCACUUACUUCAACAAUCAUAAAAAGCACGAACCAAACUCAACUUACGAUCGUCUUUUCCACGUGAAGCAUGGCUACCAGAGUAAGAUACAUAGAGACGAUCGUGAACAUACACGAGGACUCAAUGUACAUGACGAGGAAUCCGCCAAAGCUGUUCCAGCUCUCUCCUCUUCAGCAUACGGCCAUCGACCCCCGUUUGAGAAGACGACACGCAAGCACGCCCGCAUCGAGAGGGUAAUGAAAGGAUUUUACCGUCACCGCGGAACAAAUCUACCCGAAUAUGCAACGGAGGCCGAACAUGAACAUCAUUAAAACCAAAUGGUUAUAACACACACAUGGAGAUUGAAGAUUGAGGAAU